CAGAAUAGGGAAAAUGUGAUCUCUUUGACUAUAUCCGUGGCAUGGAUGUUGAUGCCAGAAGGGCUGGUUUGAUUAUUUCAUAAAUUGCUGAUCUCAUGGUAAUUUCACACACAACAGUCUCUAGAGUUUACACCGAAUUGUGCAAAAAAAAACAACAACAACAAAAAAAUUCUGUGUGCAGAAGGCCCUGAGGUGUUUGAGUGUUUCUUCACAACGCACAUGUUUCUGUCAUCAACUGUUGUUGUUUUCCUUGCCUGACCUGUUCAACGUCUGGUUGUUAGUACACCAGUGGUUGUGGUGUACACCGGAAGCUGCAGUACAAGCCUGGAAAAGCGUCAUAAAAGAAGGACACAGUUUUGUGAUGUCAGUGAGUUCCUGGCUUGAUGCAGUAAUUGCAAGCAAAGGAUAUGCAACCAAAAAUUAAGUGUUAUUUACGUUACUUUAAGACAAUCUGUUCCUAUACUUUUGCUCACCUAUAAAUGGGGUGGUCUGCCACCAAAGGUGCCAUGUUCUAAGUUGUUUAACACAUCUAGAUCUAAAUAUCAGGAAAUGAAAAUUGAAAAUCCGAUCUAUAGUCUCAUGUUCAUCUUUUGAUCUCAAACCCAAAUGUCUUCAGUGUAUAGCAAAAACAUUCAAAUUGGCCUUGCCGUUCCAGUACUUUAUGGGGACUUAUAAGUUUGCAGUACAAAGGAGACCAGGUCCAUGGAAUAAGAAAUUGUACUCGUGCACAAGUAAAACACAAAUAGUCCUAGAAGAAAGAAAUUGUUUUUGAAGGACAUUAAAUGUGCCGAGUGAGUGAAUAAAAUUGUAAGCUCCGGUUGUGCUCACAUGGGGGCGUCCUUUACAUAACAGCUCAAAAGAGUCGAUCAUUCUUAACAGCAAGUUGAAUGAUUGUUGCGUUUUAUGCUUCUUUUUACUGUCUUGGCAAAGCAAACAGGAUGUUUUUGCACAAUGCUUACUUCGUGCUGAGGAUAGUUUGUAUAUAAUGUUUUCACACGAACACAAAUACUUUUGAACGGACCCCAGUUUCUGUAUAUUUGUUACUGGGGUAGCCCAGUUUCUUAAAGUUUGGACCCCAGUUUCUGUAUAUUUGUUACUGGGGUACCCAGUUUAUUGAAGUUAUUAUUACUGGGGAUAUGACGGGGAAAAUUCCCUCUAAAUGUUUUUGUUUGUCAUGUAUGCUGUUGUUUUUUUUCUUCUUCUUCUUUAUUAAGGCGGAGCUUUGUUAAUCUCAUAUCUUAGAGCUGUCGAAUACGAACAGUUUAGCACUUUAGGACUUCACACUGGACCCAGAUCUCAGACGCAAAACAACCCGAUGCGUGUGUACUAGCUGCAGCUGCCUGAUCAAGCUCUCCAUAUUGGCUCUCUAUCUUUCUUUCUUUAUUUCCCCGCUGGGUCUUACAACGGAAGGGCGCAUAUGGAUAUUCAAGGGUGCGUAAUUUAAUUUUAGGACGAGAAGAAAAUGUGGAAAUGCGGAGAGAUGUUGUGCGCCUGGCGAGCCCGAGCUGGAACAUCAUGGUUUUGAGAAGAGCAGAACAGCACCAGUUUUACAUGGAGUUAACGCCACUGCUUUUUUAUUUCGGCGCCAUGGUUUUGAGACAAGCCAAGUGUAACUCAGUUUGCAGUUCGGAGUCUAUAACAUUGGUGCAGUCGUUCCUGAGCAACUUCUCCAAACUGGGAUUAAACGAUUCCAAGCUAUACACACCAACGCUAAGCAAUUAUGGGAGGCUUCAAGAUGUUGUCUUCUCGCUCCAGCAGAACUGUUCCAGAUCCACACUGAGGUGCUUUGAAAUGGAGAUGAUUGUUCUUGUUGGAGAGACUGGGCAAAAUUCGACUUUACCCAAAAGGCUCAACAGUCUUAGUCGACAGCUUAGUGACAAGUUUGAGCGUUGCCCACAGUGUGAGGUCUACAAAGAAGAAAAAGCAGAAGAAUUUCUCAAAACUUUGCUCCAUAUUUUGGGAAUUAUGUGUUCAAGCAGUAAUUCAUCUAAAAGAUGAGUGCUUUUAACAGUUGAGGUACACAGUGAAACAUAUUCCUGAGUAGAACUCCAUGUGCUGUUAUAGCCCAUCUGCCUCACGGAUCCAGGUUUUGUGUGUUCUGAGAUGCUUUUCUGCUCACCAUGGUUGUAAAGAGUGGUAAUUUGAGUCACCGUAGUCAUCCUGUCAGCUCGAACCAGUUUGGCCAUUUUCAUCUGUUCUCUCUCAUGGACUCCUGAUGUUCUUUGUUUUCUGCACAAUGUUUAAAUAAACUCUAGAGACUGUUGAAAAUCCAAGGAGAUCAGGAGUUUCUGAAGUACUCAAACCAGCUCAUAUGAUACCAACAACUACAGUGCCUUCAAAAGUAUUCACCCCCUUGCCAUUUUCCCUAUUUUGUUGCAUUACAACCUGUAAUUUCAAUGGAUUUUUAUUUAGAUUUCAUGUAAUGGACAUACACAAAAUAGUCCAAAUUAGUGAAGUGAAAUGAAAAAAAUAACUUGUUUAAAUAAUUUUUUUAAACAUUGUAAAUGGAAAAGUGAUGCAUGCAUAUGUAUUCAACCCAUUUGCUAUGAAGCCCCUAAAUAUAAUAUAAGAGCUGGUGCAACCAAUUACCUUCAUAUAUAUAUGCAUGCACCUAUUCUGAAAGGCCCCAGAAUCUGCAACACCACUGAGCAAGGGACACCAUGCUUAUGAUAUUUAUUUGUUAUGUAAAUAUAUUACAUUACUGUAUAAAUAUAUUACAUGUGUUAUGUAAAUAAUUUACAUGUAUGGCAUUUGGCAGACACCCUUAUCCAGAGCGACUUACAGAAGUGCUUAGAAGUCUCUGUCAAUACAUACAUACAUCCUAAUACUGGUUCAUUAGGUCACGGACUAAGAAUACCAUCAGUCGAAAAACUCUGUUGGCGAGGCAAUAUAGUAAGAAAAGCACACAUACACAAUACAACAAACAGUUAAGCUUUUGUUUUGUGUUAUAAAUAAAAAAAAUUCUUGUCAUUUAGCUGGUUUUUGUGAAAAUGUCUUCAUCUGGGACUUACAUUUUUGCAUGUUUUAUGUAUCCUGUGCUAAUCAUAACAUGCCAUUACUUCUUACAUUCUGAAAUAUAAACAGAAAU